CUCCCAAAUAGAUCUCAUCUAUAUAUUCUUGAAUUCGACUCUGAUCUGUAUAAGUUAAUAUGUAUAUUUAUUUCUUCCUGCGGUAUACCUAAUUCAGCAGUACCAGAAAUCAGAAGAGAUGUCUCGUACUGUUUCCCCGUGUGCCGCUUGCAAGGUUCAGCGAAGAAAAUGUGGAGAUAAAUGCCUCCUCGCUCCUUAUUUCCCACCAAACGAUCCUCAAAAAUUCUUCGUAGUACACAAAUUAUUUGGAGCAAGCAAUAUUGCCAAAAUCCUUCGGGAUAUUCCGGCUGAAAAGAGAGCAGAUACUGUGACAAGCCUGGUAUAUGAGGCAAGUGUGAGAGUGAAAGAUCCAAUCUACGGUUGCACUGGUGCCAUUUGUCGAUUGCAGAAGCAAGUAUUACAUCUCCAAUCACAACUGGCAACCACUAAGGCAGAGAUCCUGGAUGUACAGGCUAAUCUUGCGUCUUUUGUCACCGGGUUCUGUAAUUCCUGUGAAACAGCAACUAGAAUGGAUGUAGUAGAUCAAAACGAUCCAUUUAGUAAUAACGAAGUAAUAGUUUCACAAUACGACGAGGACCAGUCAUUCUUUAAUUUGGGAUCAUAUAUUUUUAGUCAUAUUUAUAGUACAUACAAGGAAAUGGUGGUAAAUAUAUUUACAUUUGUACCAACUGGAAAACUGAAUCAUCUGAUUCUUAAAAAUCUAUUAAAUUGUUUCAAUAUAUUAAAUAUUUGA